AUGAUGAAAGAUCCAGCAAAAGUUACAUGCAGAAUUUUUGUUGGAAAUUUACCAACUGAUGAUAUGGAGAGGAAAGACUUAAAAGAUUUGUUUAGUAAAUUUGGUCUUGUUACAGGAGUUUUACUGAAUAGAGGUUUCGGUUUUGUGCAAUUCGAUAAUGAAACGAGUGCAGCAGAAGCGAUAAAAAGUAAUGGAACUAUUAUGUUUAAUGGUAAAAAAGUAGAUAUUAGGCCUGCCAGAAGACAUGGUUCAGAUAAAAAAGAAGUAGAAAGAGAUAGAUCUCCAAAUAGUGAUUAUUUUGAUAGAGGAAGAGAUGUUACAAGAUAUCCUGUCGAUCCUAAUGCUCCACCAGUUAGGUCAUCAGUUCCUUUUAGAAGUGCAUAUCCUCCUUCGGCUUUAACUGAUCGAGCCAAUGACUGUGAAAUAAUAGUUAUAAACAAAAAGCAAACGGAAUAUGCAGAAUCAAUAGAAGUUAGAUUAAAAAAAUUAGGUUUAACAGUUGAUUUAUUAUUUCCUAACGAAGAAGUACCCGUGACGAGAGUUUUAGCAAAAAUAGCAUCGAGAGGAAGUUUAUACGCCAUAUUAAUUAUGCCACAAAAUGAAGAUCAUCGGAGUUUAACAUUAAAUAUUUUACACGGGCAACCUCAAGAACAUAGAAAUAUGCCGCUUGAAGAUGCCAUUAAUUUGCUAGCUAGAAAUUUCGAUGCGUAUCUUCUACGCGAAAAGGCUAGCCGUCCAUCUGAAGUUAACGUUGUGCCCGCGACGGGUCCACUUACCGCCAUUAAUUUAACCGACAGACAUCCCGAAGCCAUUCAAGUAUUAUUAAAUCUUUUGGCGGAUAAUAGACAGUUGACGGUUCUUCAAUACGAUAAAGUAAUAUCGUACCUUCAAGGUAGAAAAGAACUUCAACUCAAAGUCGAACUCGUUCCCAGCGUGUCUUUAUCAACGGUCGACGGUCAAAAACAACAAGAACUUCAAUCUAGAAUAUUAAACAUUCUUAAUAACAAAACGGCAAAUUUAAUACAACCGUCACCGUUAGUACAACAACAACAACAACAACCGACACCUACACAAACUCCAAUUCUUAACGAUCCAAAUGUACAAAAAGUGCUGGAUAGUUUAAUGCAAAGUGAUUUGUUACGUAAAAUAUCAGGAGGACCUUCACGAUUUUAA